UCUCUUAAAUAAAAACAUCAAGAGAGAGAGAGAGAGAAAGGGCUACACAAAGGAGAGAGAAAGGCAGAGAGCGAGAGAAGAGAGAGGCUAGGGUUUCUUGCCCAGCCCCCCUCUGCUUUCAUAUCAAGAACCAGAACAAUAACAAAGAAGGAAGUUUGUUAGCUACCAAUAUUACUUUGGAGGCAAAAAGAAAAUGGCUAUCUUUCAUAGUCCUCAUCUCUUAGUUUUCACAUUUGGCCUUCUUGGUAACAUCAUUUCCUUCUUUGUCUACUUAGCUCCUUUGCCAACGUUUUACCGAAUAUGGCAAAAGAAGUCCACCGAGGGCUUCCACGCAUUGCCGUAUCUAGUCGCGCUCUUCAGCUCAGCCCUUUGGCUUUGCUAUGCCUUCCUCAAAACCAACACUUUUCUUCUCAUCACCAUCAACUCCUUUGGUUGUGUCAUCGAGUUUCUCUACUUCAUCGUUUUCAUCGUAUUCGCUGCCAACUCGGUCAGGAUGUUGACAAUUAGAAUAUUUGCUAUGAUGAACAUGGGGCUUUUUGGAUUGAUCCUUGUGGCCAUUCACUUCAUUUCUAAUCCUUCAAAUCGUAUUGAUGUUAUGGGGUGGAUUUGUGUUGCUGUUUCUGUCUCUGUUUUCGCAGCUCCUUUAAGCAUUUUGAGACAAGUGAUGACAACAAAAAGUGUUGAGUUUAUGCCUUUUACACUCUCAUUCUUCCUUACACUAAGUGCCAUCAUGUGGUUCGCUUAUGGUCUUCUCUUGAACGACAUAUGCAUUGCUAUUCCAAAUGUGGUAGGAUUCAUAUUGGGGUUACUUCAAAUGGUGGUAUAUGCAAUUUAUAGAAAAAGGAAAAUAGUAAUAAUGGAAGAGAAGAAACAGCCAGAACCAGUAGUUUUAAAAAGCAUAGCAGUUUCUGAGGUUUUUGCUAUGAAAAAGGCCAGCGGAAAUGAUGCACAAUUAAAGGAAGUCAUUAUAAUAAAGCAAGAAGCUCAAGAAGAUGACAAACUUAGCUGUGACAAAAUCAAUACUUAAUCAAAGUUUGUCUAUACACUUUCAUCAAUCACCAAAAGAUCAUUGCCCCUUUUGUUA